CGAAUUUACCGUCACUUCCUGAAGUGCCAAUUGCUGUUGCCUCAGCCGCCACAUAUAGUAAAACUGAUGUAACGGACAACUCUUCUUCAGUUACAUCAGCUGGCACGCAUAGUAAAACUCAUGUAUCGAACAACUCUUCAAUUGCAUCAGCUGGCACGCAUAGUAAAGCUUGUGCAUCAGAUAACUUUUCUUCUUCAAUUGCCUCAACUAGCAUGCAUGGUAAAACCAAGUGUUUUUCAGUUAUGGAUAAAAAAUCAUUAUCCUCUAGAAAUAAAAACCUAGAUACUGCUCUAUUGUCUUCUAAUAAUAACGAAAUUAAUCGUGAAUUUAAUCAAAUUUUGAAAAAAGUGGAUGAUUUGAAGACAUCUAUGAACGCUAACCUGAACGGUCUCACUUCUUUAAUUCGAGAAGUCAUUGAAAGGCUAGAUAAGUUGGAAAAAAAUAGUGAAUCUUUAAAAGUUCAAUCUGUUUUGGAUGAAUGCAAUACACUUGAAGUUUUUCCUAUAGAAACUGCAGCUAGCCUUAAAGAAGUGGAAAGCAUGAUUGAGAAUAAUUCUGCAUUCAAAAAAAAUUUGAUAACAAGUCUGACGCAAGUUACCAGUGCAGAUAUUAAAAAAACAAUCCGCAAUAUUUUACAUUAUCUUAUAACUGAUGAAAUGGCUCAAAAGUACAGCUGGUUAGGACAAAGACAUAAGGCUGCAUUUCAAAAUUUGCAGAUAUCGAAAAUUUUGACACUUGUUGUUCAAAUGCGACAUUAAGAUAUUACGUGUGAGCAAAUUUCUUCUGUUGCUGCAGAAUGGUUAAAACAUGCAAAACAAAGAGCACAAAGAAAAUCUGAGAAAGAUAAAAAAUGUCGAAAGGAGGAAACGCCCCCAUUAAGUUCAAACUCAUCGUCAGAUGAUUCAGAAAGUGAUGAACUGAAUGAUGAACGUUCAUCAAAUGAUGAACACUAAACAUUAUAAUUACCAAAAGAUAAGAACUAUUUUAAAGGUUUCAUAAAUAGUACAAAGAUUAGUUUUAUUUACUUUUUAUAUGUGCAAUACGUGCAUAAUGUGCAUUAUAUAUGUGUACAGAAUAUAUUUUUAUUUUCACACUUACAUUU